CUGAGAUCAGACAUCCUCAGUGGCUGGACUUGCAUCUGCACCAUGAGAAACAGAGGCCUAAGCGUGUUGUCAGAACUGUCAGUGCUGCUAUUGUUGCCAUUGGUCGCUGCAGCACAGGAUUGGGCCUGUAUUCGAUGGUGCCCUCCGAACCCUCCAUGUGUCAAUCCCCGCGCCUGUCACUGCGCACCCGGAUUCAGUGCUGCACCGAGUAGCGUCUUCACCCACGGCCACUUGAAGAGUUGCAAUGACAUCAAGGAGUGUGGACCAAAGUCAGAAUGGUCCUGUGAAAUACGUUUAGACUGCCAAGACUUCACGGAGUCCUACUGCAGAUGCAGCCGAGGCAACGGGCCUGUUUCUGAGGAAAUGUUCCACAUUGAUCCCGACAAACCAUAUAUUGGACUCUUUGGCCAUCUCAUUUUGACAUUGCGGGCUGCAGAUGAAGCCCUUAAAGCCUCUACCCCAGAAGACUGUGCUUGGUGGUGUCCUCUGAACUCCAAAUGUGUCAAUGCCACUGCUUGUCGCUGUGCUCAGGGAUUCAAUUCUUCAUCUGGAGAGAUCGUCACUAGCCGCUUUGAGAGAUGUGAUGGUAAGGGGCUUGGAGUGGGCAUACAGAGAUUGUUGGGGGGAGGUUAUAGGGCAUCCAGAACCCUCACCACUGAGACACCAGAACCCUUCGCUGCCGAAUCUGGGCAUGGAGAACACGCCCUAGUGAAUGAAGAUGCCGAACUUGGCCCGGUCAAACCAAGAGGACCGCAGUCGGGCAACCCGGGACUCUCAGGUGGGGUUGAAGUGUGGGGUGCCGCGGGCGGGACAGGGCACGGGCAGCAACCACAGAAGCAUUUUGUCAAGGUGACUUCCAGAACGAGAACUUUUCCUACCCGAGACCCUAUGAUCUCAAACAUUACAGAUAGACUCUCGGACCUCCCAGGCAAUAAUGGAUUCAAGGAUCCUGUCCAGGAACAAGGGGGGAUCUUCCCCAACUGGAAUGCACACCCUAGAGUCAACAACAGCAAGAGACUCUACCCCUUGGUACAAAAAUUUAAUGAUUUGUACAGAGACUUCAAGUCAGCCUCAGAUCCAGACAACAUCCAGGACCUCAUACAGGAGGUGGAUGACUUGCUGGAGAGCCCAGGGGACCUGGAGACCUGGCCCCACUCAGAUCAGAACUAUGUGGCCACUAACCUGCUCCUCAACAUGGAACAUGUCGUCAGAAAGCUGAGCAAAGCCCCACCCAAUGAAUCACUGACCUUUGAAGCAACUGGAGGCACAGAACUGUCUCUGAAGAUAAAGAAGCCAGGAGACAGGAAGAUCACCUUGAGUGUUAACCAGGCAAAGAUGAUGCUGGAUUGGGAUGCAGUACAGGAAUCUGGUGAUUCAGGUCCAUCUACGGUGGGCCUUUUGUCCACCCCAGGAAUGGGCAAGUUGAUGGCUGAAGCCCCCCUAGUUCUAGAAGCUGAGGAGCAGCAAGUUCUUCAUGAGACACACAAGGGCCUGUUGCAGGAUGUCUCCCCCGUCUUGUUCUCAGAUGUUAUCUCUGUCUUUGUGAGCAAUAAUAACACCCAGAACCUAAGUUCCCCCAUCACCUUCAUCUUCAAGCAUGCAGUGGCCCCAGAGCCACAGCAGAAGCUUUUCUGUGUCUUCUGGGAGUCUGGCCAGAAUGGAAGUUAUUGGUCCACCAAAGGCUGCUGGAGGGUGGGCACCAGAGACGCCAGCACCACCUGCCAAUGCAGCCACCUCAGCAGCUUUGCUGUCCUCAUGGCCCACUAUGAUGUGCAGGAGGAGGAUCCUGCCCUGGCUGUGAUUACCUCCCUGGGACUGAGCCUCUCUCUGCUGUGCCUGUUCCUGGCGGCCCUCACUUUCCUGCUGUGCAAAGCCAUCCAGAACACCAGCACCUCACUCCACCUGCAGCUCUCGCUCUGCCUCUUCCUGGCCCACCUGCUCUUCCUCACGGCCAUCGACAGAACUGAGAACAAGGUGAUGUGCGCCAUCAUCGCGGGUGCCUUACACUAUCUCUACCUGGCCUCCUUCACCUGGAUGCUGAUGGAGGGCCUGCACCUCUUCCUCACUGCUCGCAACCUGACGGUGGUCAACUACUCCGGUGUGAGCAGGUUCAUGAAGAAGUUCAUGCUUCCUGUGGGCUACGGAGUCCCGGCUGUAAUCACGGGCAUUUCCGCGGCAUCCAGGCCUCACCUUUAUGGAACACCUGCCCGAUGCUGGCUCAGCACACAAAAGGGAUUUAUAUGGACCUUCCUUGGCCCUGUCUGCAUCAUCUUCUCUAUUAACUUGGUCUUCUUUCUGAUGACCAUCUGGAUUCUGAAAACCAAGCUCUCCUCACUCAACAGGAAUGUGUCCACCCUCCAGAACACAAGGAUGUUGACAUUUAAAGCAAUGGCUCAGCUCUUCAUCUUGGGCUGCACGUGGUGUCUGGGAAUCCUGCAGGUGGGUCCAGCUGCUCAUGCUAUGUCCUAUCUCUUCACCAUCAUCAACAGCCUGCAGGGCGUCUUCAUCUUCCUGGUGUACUGCCUCCUCAGCCAGCAGGUCCGGGAGCAAUACAGGAAAUGGUUGAAAGGGUUCAAAGAAACUAAAGUCGACUCUGAGAAGUACACACUCUCCAGCAGGGCUAUGUCUGAAGUCUCCAAACAUAAUGUGGAGAAUGAAAUUAACAACUACACCAGAUGAUCCUGUCUCCUGGAAAAUGAGGAAAACACUGAACUGUUAUCCUUUGGGCAAAGAAUACAGAAUGUACUUCUUGUGUCUGUUACAAGUAACUCUUCUUGGCACCAUUGUGGGAAAAAGUAUACAGGAAAUGUUUGACAUUCAUUUGCUAGAGAAUUGGGACCUUCUGGUCCACACAGCAUGCUCAGCUCAAUCCCAGCAUAGUCAAGGGGCUAUGACCCAAUUCCUCAGUUGUCUUGGGUUAAACCCUCCACUUCAACCUGUUUUUCUACAAAAAUGUUCCUCAAGUUUAUAUAACAAGGAAAACAAUCACCAAAUGCCUAUCUUAUAAUGACAUAAAGGAGUAAUGUUCAAAUACCUAUAUUUGGCCUCCCUACCUACA